CCACCAGUUCUCUCAGAACCACAAGCAAGUCGGCAUUCGACCGCGCUACUAUUAAGACUAACGAGAAGAGAACAACAACAAUAAAAAAAAACUGCAUCUAAUUGGAAACAAUAGAAAAUACGCGUGGCGCACAAAAAGUUUUCCCAAUACACCGUACAAAUAUCUCGGCACCGCACACAGUUACUUUUAUGGCGGAUCAGCAGAAGAAUCUACGACAGCAGAAGCAGCAGCAGGCCGCCUCCACCUCAGCCUCCCUCGCAUCCGCAUCCGCACCCGCUCCCGCCCUCCGCAUAACCAUUAGCCAAGUGGAGCAGAGCUAACAUCGAUUUUUAUAUAAAUUUAUAUAUUUUCGACGAUUUUGUAAGGCCUUUUACGGGCCUCAAGUUAAAGCUCCAUUGAUUUAUUGAGCUCCAGCUGUUGUCUACCCCCCACCCCCAUCCCAACCGCGUCUUAAAGAAAGUGAGAGCUGCCGCCCGGUCAACGUCCUGCGAAAGGAACCACAGAGAGAAAGAGAGAGAGAGUCUUAGAGAAGGUGAGAAAAAGGACACCGGCAUUCUCACAAACAUACACACCCGAGUUGGCCCAAAAAAGUGGCAAACAAAGCUGUUAAGAUAAGCCAGAAGACCUACCGGCAAACGUAAUCAACAAAUCCCCCCAAAAGUAAUACCGCCCGCGAAUCAGAAAACGCCAUAAUAUGCGCCUGUUCCCAGUACGCCUGUCGGCCGCCUCCUCAUCGAUGACGAGCCUGGCCAAAAUGCUCGAUUUCUACUCGGGCUUCAAUCCAUCGCCCUUGUCGAUAAAACAGUUCAUGGACUUUGGUCAAAAUGCCUGCGAAAAGAAAUCUUUUAUAUUUCUGCGAAAAGAGCUACCCGUUCGACUGGCGAAUAUCAUGAAGGAGAUCGCCCUCCUGCCCGACAACCUCCUCCACACAAGAUCGGUGACGGAAGUCAGUGGCUGGUAUGUGAAAAGUUUCGAGGAUGUUCUGGAGUACGAAAAAGCUGAACCCACACACGACAAUCUCCAAAAGUUUGUGCAAGACUUGGAUCUCAUCAGGAAUCGGCACAACGAUGUGGUGCAGACCAUGGCCCAGGGUGUCAUCGAAAUGAAGGAGAACGAGGGCGGCCAGGUGGAUGCACCCACCGAGAGCUCCAUUCAGUACUUUCUCGACCGCCUCUACAUGUCACGCAUCAGCAUUCGAAUGCUGAUCAACCAGCACACCCUACUCUUUGGCGGUAAUCCCCAUUCUGGUGGACGUCACAUUGGCUGCCUGGACCCCGCCUGCGAUCUGUCGGAUGUGGUGAGAGAUGCGUAUGAGAAUGCUCGAUUCCUGUGCGAUCAGUACUACUUGAGCAGUCCGGCGCUGGAGAUCCAGCAGCACAGCAGCGAGCCAGCCGACAACCUUCCUAUCCGCACAGUUUACGUGCCCUCGCAUCUAUACUACAUGCUCUUCGAACUCUUCAAGAACUCGAUGCGAGCGGUGGUGGAGCACCACGGCCAUGACAAUAAUGACACGCUGCCGCCGUUGAAGGUGGCCAUUUGCAAGGGCAAGGAGGACAUUUGUGUCAAGAUCUCAGACCAGGGCGGCGGCAUUCCCCGCUCCCAGACGGACCAACUCUUCAAGUACAUGUACAGCACAGCGCCCCAGCCCUCGAAGUCGGAUCUGCACACGGUUCCUUUGGCGGGCUAUGGCUAUGGACUGCCGAUCUCUCGGCUAUAUGCGCGCUAUUUCCACGGUGAUAUUGUGCUGCUUUCCUGCGAGGGAUUCGGAACAGAUGCCAUCAUUUACCUGAAGGCACUGUCCGAUGAGGCCAACGAACUGUUGCCCAUUUUCAACAAGACAAGCUCAAAGUUCUAUCGCGCCACCGUGCCCACGGGCGACUGGUCCAAUCAGAGCUCGGAUAUGAAUGCGCGGCAGCUGUCGGCCACCACUCCGAAACGAUAUAGCGAUUUUGUCCAGGACGCCUAAAGGAAGCCAUCUCGAAAAUGCAACUCAGGUUAAUGAAACAGGACCGUUGGAUAUACCUAUCUAUAUAUAUCACUAGCUCUAGGCAAACAUUCCCAAAGUGCAACAGCAGCAACAGAAGCAACUCAAAAUGUGUA